GAAGUAUAAUACCUCUUUUUCUUGAAUCAAAUUUGACAAUGGAACCCUAGUGUGAAUACUUCAGUCAUACGUCAACUAUACACUCUUGGAUGACCAUUUCUCCUAUUAUAUGUCUAGUAAUUCGUAAGUAUUUUGAACAGUAAAUUUGGAGCAGUUCUGUACUUGUGUAUUCAACGAGGAACCAGAGGACAGUUACAAAAGAGAUGUGUUCCUCAUUGCCAGCUAAAUCCGUAAAGAGGCCUAAUAAGGAAUCGCCUUUUUCUGGAAUCUCAGCAAACGUUUGCAGAGAGGAUUUAGUUGCUAAAUAAUAAAAAAAAACAACAAAGAAUCUUGCUGGAAGAACCAAGCUAUUUAUAUAUAGUUCUGUAACUGCUGUCUGUUACCUUGAAUAUACAAUCAGGCCAUUAAUUUGGACUUAUCUACUCUGAUUUCCUUUUCCAUCAAUGGAGAAAUUGAGGACCUCACCAAAAAGGUUAAGCCUGCAAUUUCAUAAUUUCUAGGCCUUAGGGAUCUAUAAAUUUGUUAGUUUACCAUCAUCAAAACCACCCCAGAAGUUGGACAAGGCAGGAUACAAGUACUAUCAUCAUCUCCUCCAAUGGCUACAACAAUUAAGCCACUAUUAACCGACCUUGUAUCUACUGUGAGUUCUGUUCCUCCAAAUUAUGUCCGACCUGAAUCUGACCGUCCAAAACUCAAUGAGGUUACCUUUGAUCAUUCCAUCCCUCUCCUUGAUCUCCAAGGCCUUCAUGGUCCUAACCACUCUAGUGUUAUCAAAGAGAUUGGGGAAGCGUGCCAAAAUAAUGGUUUCUUUCAGGUUAAAAACCAUGGCAUUUCACCAGAGGUGAUUGAUAAGAUGUUGCAUGUCUCCAAGGAAUUCUUUCAUUUACCGGAGAGUGAGCGAUUGAAGAAUUACUCCAAUGAUCCUAUGAAGACGACAAGACUUUCUACGAGUUUCAAUGUGAAAACUGAAAAUGUAUCAAGCUGGAGGGAUUACUUAAGACUCCAUUGCUUCCCUUUAGAGGAUUAUGUUCAUGAAUGGCCAACCAACCCUCCAUCUUUCAGAGAAGCUGCUGCAGACUACUGCAAGAACACCAGAGGGCUGGCGCUGAGACUGCUGGAAGCAAUAUCAGAAAGCUUAGGCCUGGAAAGGGAUUAUAUGAAUUCGGCACUAGGAAAGCAUGCGCAGCACAUGGCUAUCAACUGUUAUCCACCUUGUCCCGAGCCAGAGCUGACUUAUGGAUUACCUGCUCAUGCUGAUCCUAAUGUUAUCACCAUCCUCCUUCAAGCUGACGUGCCUGGUUUGCAGGUGCUCAAAGAUGGCAAGUGGAGUGCUGUCAGCCCCAUUCCUUACACCUUUAUUGUCAAUAUUGGUGACCAGAUACAGGUAGUGAGUAAUGAUCGUUACAAGAGCGUGCUUCACCGGGCGGUGGUGAACUGCAAGGAGGAGAGGAUCUCUAUUCCGACGUUCUAUUGCCCAUCACCAGACGCCGUGAUGCGGCCAGCCCCGCAACUGAUCGACGACGAUCAUCCUCCCUUGUACAGGAGCUAUUCUUACAGUGAAUAUUACCAGAAGUUCUGGAAACGGGGCCUUAACGCUGAGACAUGUUUGGACAUGUUUAAAAUUUAAGACCUUUGUCUUUAUUUUACGUACCCUAUUUAUGUUAUGCAAUGCGAGGAUGCUUCUUCUAGAAAAUAAAGGGUGUGAAAUUUUAAUGAAGGUGACUUUUAUUAUUUUUACUUAAGAUAAUUAAGAUUACUUAUGAUA